AUGGAGGAGGGAUGCCAAAUUGGGUAUGGAGUCCAUUGUUUCUAUGGGACAGUAAGCCCUGCUCCCCCCCCUGUCUCCGCAGCCCCCCAUUUCCUGGCGCAGGGGAAGUGCGAGUGCCGCUUCGCCAACGGGACCGCAGGGGAGGUGCGCUUCCUGCAGAGGUACAUCUACGGGCGGCAGGAGAUCGCGCGCUUCGACAGCCGCCGCGGCUGGUACGAGGCCGUCACCCCGCUGGGCGAGCCCUCCGCCCGCUACUGGAACAGCCUGAAGGAGGUGAUGGACUCUCUGCGGGCCCAGGUGGACGCCUUCUGCCGCUACAACUACCAUCUCUUCGAGGACUUCUUCACCACCAGGACAGUUGAGCCCCUGGUGACGAUCUCCCCCACCAAGGGAGACCCCCUGGCCCACCACACCCUCCUGAUCUGCACCGCGGCAGGAUAUUAUCCCCCCGGGAUUGACAUCAAGUGGCUGAAGAACGGGCAGGAGCAGACACAGGGGGUGGGAUACGAUGAUGAGAUCCAGAACGCAGACUGGACCUUCCAGUACCAGGUGAUGCUGGAGACGGUGCCUCAGCAGGGAGACGUCUACGCCUGCCAGGUGGAGCACAAAAGUGUGAAGGAACCCAUCUCCGUGCAGUGGGAGCCACAGACGUCGGACUCUGCCAAGAGCAAGGUGUGGACGGGGGCCGUGGGGGCCGUUCUGGGGCUGGUCUUUGUGGCCGUGGGGCUUUAUCUGUCCCUGAAGAGCAGGAAAGGUGAGGGGCUGGAGGGAGGGUGGGGGGACUCCUCGGUUAACCCUUCCUGUCCCAGGAUCCUGCUGGCUGGAGAAACCUUUCCUACAACCGAGGCCCUCUUUCCUUUCCGCGGAGGAAGCAAAAUGCAUGGAGAAAAGGACUUCUCCCACCCAGCACUCUUCCCCCAAGCUGGCUUGUUCCCUGUUUCUCUGUUACUACGUGUGGGCGGGGAGUCCUCCUGCUAG